UAUUUUUGCUUCCCACCGUCAUCGCCAUUCCUCACUCUCUCUCUCUCUCUCUCUCUCUUCGUUCUUGCUGCGCCUUCUCUCUCUCUCUCUCUCUCGUUCUUGCUGCGCCUUCUCUCUCUCUCUCUCUCUCUCUCUCUAUAUAUAUAUAUAUAUAUAUAUCACUUUUAGUAGUUCUAUACAUUGUCUGGGUGUAAAAGCAGCAAACAGCAGGGAGACAAAGGGCGUUUCCCGGCUGCUAAUUGCCGGUAAAGUCGAUCGAUUCCAAGCUAAAGCGGUGGUUUUUAUCGAGGGGUGCGUACGGUGACAACAUGGUCGACGUCGACCGGAGAAUGACCGGUCUGAACCCGGCCCACGUAGCCGGCCUCCGCCGUCUGUCGGCCCGAGCCGCCGCCGUUCAGCCACCGUCGACGCCGCUCCCUGUCCGGAACGGGCUGCUUUCAUUCGCUACUCUCGCAGGCAAAGUUAUCACCCACCUGAAAAGCUCCGGAAUCCAGGUCCAGUCCGGCUUGUCUGACGCUGAGUUCGCGCUAGCCGAAGCAGAGUUCGGAUUCGCAUUCCCUCCCGAUCUCAGGGCCGUACUCUCCGCCGGCUUGCCUGUCGGCCCAGGGUUCCCCGACUGGCGGUCUUCCGGCUCCGCUCGGCUCCACCUCCGCGCUUCCAUCGAGCUGCCAAUCGCUGCCAUCUCGUUCCACAUCGCGCGCAACGCUCUCUGGUCCAGGGCUUGGGGCCCGAGACCAUCCGACCCGGAAAAGGCGCUCAAAAUCGCUAGAAACGCCAUCAAGCGAGCCCCCCUUUUGAUUCCCAUCUUCAACCAUUGCUACAUUCCUUGCAAUCCUUCCUUGGCCGGAAACCCUAUAUUCUUCGUGGACGAGAACAGAAUUUUCUGCUGUGGUUUCGAUCUGUCCGAUUUCUUCGACAGGGAGUCGUCUUUGUUCCAGAGCUCGGACCCCCAGGUUCUCUCGAAGCAGCGUUCGGUUAGCGAGAAAUCUGCCGGGUCCUCGUCCAAUUUUUCUCGGAGAAGCCUCGACGCCUCUGCCGGGGGUAGAACCCCUAGAUGGGUGGAGUUUUGGAGCGACGCCGCGGUGGAUCGGCGUCGGAGGAACUCUAACUCAUCCUCGUCUUCAUCCUCGUCGCCGGAGAGGUACUUCGAGAUGCCCAGGUCUGAAAUGCCGAAAUGGGUCGAGGAGUACAUAGAGCAGAUCGGGUCAGUGUUGAGAGAAGGCGGGUGGGACGAAUCGGACGUCACGGAGAUCGUACACGUGUCGGCUUCGGGGUUCUUCGAAGGUGAGAUGGUUCUGUUGGACAAUCAAGCGGUCCUGGACGCUCUGCUCCUGAAAGCGGAUCGGUUCUCGGAUUCUCUCCGGAAGGCCGGGUGGAGCUCCGAAGAGGUCUCGGAGGCCUUGGGGUUUGAUUUCCGAAGGGAGAAGGAGAGGAAGCCGGCCAAGAAGCUCUCGCCAGAGCUGGUUCAGCGCAUCGGAAAACUGGCUGAGUCGGUUUCCCGGUCAUCAUGAUGAUCUAACCGGCAACCGGCAAACAUCGAGAUUCUUUCAAAUUUUCUUUCCCUUUUUCUUUUUUUCCAAUUUUCGAGGCCUGGGGUUUGCUUUUGGGCAAUAUUAGAAGGGAAAAAAAAAAGAAAAGGAAAACGGGUUGCUGCUGUACUAUGAAAGUUGUAUAAAGAAAGAUUAAUUAAAGAGUUAAAAAAUUACAUGAUUGCUAUAAUAUAAUAUAUUUAUUCAUAGUUGAAAUAAAUAAAAGUUUUUUUUUUUUUUUAAUAUGUCGUGUUUUUUUUUUUUUUUUUAAUUGGUUGGAGGGGCAUAUUAUCAAUGUACAUACAGCUCAUAUUUAUUAUGAAAUUUUGUGUGUUUUUAUUGAGCUUUUUUCAGAGAAUAUCGUUUUUGAUGAAGUGGCACAAAUUUCUAUUCAGCAGCGCACGUGUGCAACAUUUUAUUUCCAAUAGAA